AUGAUGGUCCCUAGAGCAUUCCUCUUUACUUCAGUACCACACCAAAAGACAAUGCCGUCUCUUGAAGGGAAAGAACGGCCGGGACAUUUACCCAUGUAUCUACCCGGCUCCAAGUCUCCUUACGAUGUGAAAGCCCCGGGGUCGACUCAUGCCAUCCCCGUGGGUAUCCCGUCAAAACGGACUUCGCGCACUCCCGUGCGUCGAGAGGCCCAUCCUCGCACCCCAUCCAAGACCUCCGCCUCAUCUCGUCGAUCCUCUUCCUCUUCUUCCAAUGACCGUCAAAUACCUAAAGCAGUCGCGUCCAUGCUAGACGCAACAGCCAUUCCCGUUCCCCGACGAACUUGGUCCAACCGGAGACCUCGGAAACUUCCCCGAGGCAACAACGUGGAGGAAUUCAGCCGGUUAAUGCAGGAAGGGAUCAAGUCAAAGGAGGACUAUUUGACAUCUGGAUCGGGCAACUCCCCUCUAGAUAUCUUGUUAAGCCCACCAGAAGACAACGAGAAAUAUUUGGGCAAUGACUCAGAAUCCGAACCUCCCUUCUCCGCCAGAUCCAUCUCGAGUGACUCAAUGCCAUCACUUGCCCACGACCUCCCAUCACCAUCUAGUAUCUCUCAACCACCUACUCCGGCUAGCCAAAAGAGUCCCUCUGAAAGGCGACACCUACGGUAUACUCCCGCGGAAGAUUGCGUCUUCGAUCACCCGCUCCUCGAGGCCGAGAUUGAAGAAGGCGAGAUCAUAGAAAUCGAUCUCCAGAGGCCUGGGCCGGAUAUCAUCCCUUCGAAGCAACCCGCCUCGUUUAGAUCCUUCCCGCGUUUGAAAUCUUCCUUUAAAUCAAACCUGACGGCAUCUUUGCGCGCACUCAAAUCGGCCGCACAAUCUGUUUCCUCCCUGACAACACCCUCGGUCCAGCCCGAGGACUUCCUCACUCGGUCUCUCUUCACUAUCGCGCCUGAACUGACGGAUGAUCGCCGUCCUCCACCGAUGCAAACCCCACCCUCCCCAGCAUUGCGACGGUACUUGAACCCGACUCCCAUCUCUCCCGCGGAGAUGUGUGUCUAUCACGAUCACCCGCACGACACUCCCGAGCUGACUCAGGCUUGUGUAUCCAUUCAAAUGCAGACUUAUCGCCGCUCUCGAGGCCGUGGUAACCGACGCAAUCAUUUCCAUGUGGUCUCUAAGCAAAAACGUGACCAGUACUACACAUUUGAUCCGGAGGUUCCACCCAUGUCACGUCAACGGGAACCUCGUGAGAACAGCGAUUUCCUCCGCAUGGUUGUCCUGGAGAUGAACAUGCGACGCAGCGGCAAGCUUCGUGAAGACAUCCCUCCUCGGGCUCGUUUCUAUCUUCCUCCUCGCAAGAGCAAUCCUUACCGGGUAGCCGGAGACUAUGAUGACGGCGAAGACAACAAUAUUCCAUCCCGCUGGGUGGGUGUGUCGGCCUCAUGUCAAUAA